GCAUCCUGCCAGGGCUGGCCGCGACACCCUCCCGCAUGCAGGGUCCCACGCGCGCCCGUGCUGCACCGCAGCCAAUGGCCGAGGAGCGCCUGCCCCUCGCGGCGUGGGGCUAGUGGCCCCCUGCCCCACUCCCCAGCCCCUUUUCCCCACUGGCCCUCGCCUGCGAGUCGCUGGACGGGACUGGGGCACAGCGGAGAGCGGAGCGCGGCUUGGACGGAGCGGCGAGCAGGGACGCGGCCAAGGCAUGGGCGCCCCGGCAGAGCCCCGAGACUGAGCUGAAGGUGCCGUCCUGGUCGGCCACCCGCGGAAGCCGGUGCCAGCGGCAGAGCUGUGAGCCGGGGCCAGGGCCGGGGUCGGUCCCCAACGCUGGGCGUUCAGUCACCUGCGCCGUCGCCUCCUCCCAUUGCGGGUGCCGGAGAGGCUGCUCCAUGCGGAGCUGAAACGGCCAAGGGCAGGCGCAAGGCGGUCGAGCCGGGACCCGCAGCCGGGCGCAGGAUGGAGCCCGCUCGCGCCAGUGUGGCCGAGGAGCACGUCGCCGCGCCGGAGCUGGUGGAGAUCGUGGUGGAGACAGCGGCCGAGGCCGGGGUGACGGGCAUCAGCCUGGCCGGCGGCGGGAAGGAGGGCAUCUACGUCUCCAACGUGCAGCGCGACUCCAGCGCCGCCAAGGCCCUGCGCCUCCGCGAAGGCGACCAGCUCCUCAGCGCCAGGGUCUUCUUCGAGAACGUCCGCUACGAGGACGCCGUGCGGCUGCUGCAGUGCGCCGAGGCCUGCAAGGUCUCCUUCUGCCUCAAGCGCACCGUGCCCAGCACCGACGCCGCCGUCCAGCCCGGGGCAGCCGGCUCCGAGGCCAAGGGGCCCAAGGCGAAGGUGGCCAGGCUGCACAUCAAGAGCCUGACGCCUUUGAAGAAGAAGAAGAAGGUGGCGAAAGCCCUGGCAGCAGUGGCAGUGCCGGGGGCGAAGCCGGACGCGGGGCCCGUGGACGUGGAGUUCUCCCUGCCCAAGCUCUCCAGGCUGGUGCGGGGCCGGAGCGCGGCGGCGGCUGCAGCCCCCCUGGCCCCCGUGGGGCCUCCAGCAGCGGCAGCGGAGGCCAAGCGGACGCGACUGGCCUUCUCCCGGCUCACGGUGAGGGAGGCGGUGGCCGGGAAAGCGGCGGCACUGGAGGUGGAGGAGCCGCGGGCGAAGCUGGAGGUGGCCCUGCCCCUGGGCGGCGUGGAGCCGGCGGCUCCCAAGCGGCCCCCAGCUUUCGGCAAAGAGGAGCCCGGCGCCGAGGGCGAGGCCAAGUUCAGGGCUCCCCGCGUGGAGCUGGACGUGCCGCUGCCCGGCCUCGGGGCGCCGGCGCUGCUCCCGGCCAUGGACGUGGCGGUGCCCAAGGUGGACGUGGGGCUGAGCCUGCCCGGCGCGGCGCCCCCAGCCGCGCCGGCGCCGCCAGAGCCGGGACCGCGGGCUCCAGCGCUGGAGAUCGCGGUGCAGCCACUGGCCCUGGAGCUGCAGCUGCCCGUGGCACGGCGCGAGCCGGAGCCGGCGCCGGAGCCAGCUGCCCGGGAGGCUCCCAGCAUCGCUGCCAAGGUGCCCAAAAUCGCCCUGCCCAGGCUGGGGGGCAAAGCCGAGGAGGCGGCCGGCGGCCUCGCGGCGCCCGGGGCGGGCGCCGUGGCCGAGGAGAGCCCCAAGGCCAAGGGGCCCAAGGUGAAGCUGCCGAGCCUGGGGAUCUCCCUGCCGGCGGCGCCGGCCAAGCUCCCGGCCGUGAAGGUGCCCUCCAUCGACAUCGCCGUGCCCAGCGCCACCGUGGAGCUGGCGCCCGCCGAGCCACCGCCGCCGCUGCCCCCGGAGCCGGGGAAGUUCGGCAUUCCCAAGCUGGACCUCAGCGUGCCGGGGGCGAAGGCGCUGGAGCUGCCCAAGGGAGCCUUGCCGAAGCCGGAGCUGGGCAUCGCCGUGGAGCAGCCGCGGGUGGAGGUGAAGCUGCCGGUGGCUGGGGUGGCCGGCGAGAGCCCGGAGCCGGCCCCGGUCCGGUUGAGCUUCCCGGCGGUGCCGGUGCCGGCGCUGGAGAUCGCGGUGCCGGCGGUGGACGUGGGCCUGGAGCUGCCGGCGGCACGGGAAGGGGAACAGGCGCCGCGGCCGGCGGCUGAGGGUCCGGCGGGUGCCGAGGGGCCGGGCUGGGGUGCCGUGGGGGCCAGGAUCCCCAAGGUGGACAUCGCCGUGGGGCGGGCGAAGCCGGCGGAGGCGGCACAGCCGGACGCUGCGGCCGCGCUCGAGACGGGGCUGCGGAGGCUCAGCCUGGAGCUGGAGGCGCCCGGCGCGGGUGGCCCCGGUGCCAAGCCCAAGCCCCCCAAGCUGGCCCUGCCCCGGCUGGGCGGCACGGGGCCGAAGGCGAGGAAGAGCGCGGAGGGGGAGGCGGCAGGUGCCGAGGGCGGCGCGAGGCUGCGGAUGCCCAAGCUCUCCCUGCCGCGGCUCGGCAGCCGGGACGCCGGGGGCGAGCCGGGGGGCGAGGGCCGGCCCGCCGCGGCCCCCGCCGCCAGAGCCAGGUUCAGGAUGCCGACGUUCGGGGCGGCCAGGCGGGAGGCGGAGGAGCCCGGCACGGCGGCGCCGGAGCGGGACGGGGCUGCCCGCGGCUCGCCCGCUCCCGAGGCCGGGAUGAAACUGCCGCAGGUGGAGCUGCCGGGGCUGGGGGCCGGCGGCGGGGACGCCCGGGCCCCCCGGCUGCCCUCCGGCAGCGUCGCCGUCCCCGUGGUGGAGCUGGGCAUCGGCCCGCCGCGGACCGGCGCCGAGCGGCCGGCGGAGGAUGCCGGCGCCGCCGCGAGCCGCCGCAAAAUGCCCCGAGUGGAGCUGAGCCUGGAGGGGCCGCGGGAGCGGAGGGGCUCGGCGGAGCCGGCCGGCAGCCCCCGGCUGCGGGUGCCCCGGCUGGACGUCGCCCUGCCCAGAGCGCGGCUCUCGGACAGCGAGCUGCCGCUGACGGCGCCCGGCGGCUCCUUCCGGCUGCCCUCGCUGGGGCUGCCGGGGUUCCCCGCGGGGAAGGCGCCUGCGCCGGGCUGGGGCGGCGGCGCGAGGCUGCCGCGAUUCGGCGGGUCCAGCCCCGACGUCCGGAGCGCCGCGGCCGCCGAGCUCGCCGGCGGCAGGGCGCCGUCGCUGCCCGCCGGCUUCGGCGCGCCGCCCCGCGUCUCCAUCCCCGACGUGGGCUUCUCGGCCGAGGGGCGACCGGGACGCGGCGGCGAGCCGGGGCGGGAGGCCGGCGGCCCCGGGGCCGGGCCGAAGGAGCCGAAAUUCCGGCUGCCGGUGGCCGAGGGGAAGCGGCCGGCGCUGAAGGUGCCCGAGCUGGAGCUGGCGGCGCCCGGGGAGCGCUCGGGCGAGCCGGGUGCCGCCGGCGAGGAGCCGCCCGGGGCUGAAGCCGAGGCCGGGAAGCGGCGCCGGGUGAAGCUGCCCCGCUUCGGCAUCGUCCUGCCGCGGGGCAGCCCGGAGGGCGGCGAGGAGGCGAGGGUGAGGAUGGCCGGCGUGAGGAAGGCCGUGCUGGAGCUGGUGCGGCCCAAGGGCAGGGGGGCCGAGGGCGCCGCGGGGCUGCUGCGGGGCGACGGCGGCAAGGGGAGGGCGGCCGAGCCGGGCUCGCGGCGCCUCUCCGAGCCCGGAGCCGGGCUCCGCGUCAACGGGGAGCCGGAGGCGGAGGGGGGCGGCGCGCGGCUGCGGCUGCCCCGGCUCGAGCUGGCGGCGCCCGCUCGCCCCGCGGCGCCGGACCCCGAGCUCAGCCUGCGCCUGGUGGCACCGGAGGAGCCGGAGGAGCCGGAGCCGCCCCGCUCCGGCACCCUGGCCGCCCUCCGGAGCCUCCGGGCCCCCCGGCUGGCGCUGGGGGGGCCGCGGCGCAGGGACGCGGAGGCCGUGGUGGCCUCCGCCGCCCGCACCGAGCUGGCCGGGCUGGAGAGGGCGCGCGGGGAGGCUGCCGUGGCCGCGGAGCCCCCGGCCGGGUUCAGGCUGCCCAAGCUGGCGCUGAGCCCCCAGCGGAGCCGCCCCGUGUCCGGCGCCGGUGGGCGGCUGCAGACCGCGGCCACGUAGGGGGGUGCGGAGGCUGCCGGGCUCGGCGCACGCGUGCCGCCGGCACGGUGGAGCGGGGCCUCGGGCUGCCUCGGGCGCGCUCUCCGCUGAGGAUAAUGUGAACAGACGAUCGAGCUACACUUACGAUUACGCCCUUCUGCCACACGCUGUCGGCACCCGCCGCUCGCCGCCGGCUCCACCGCGGCCGGGGGUCGUGGCCGUCCCCAAGGCGGGUCGGUGCUUGGUGCAAGUGUCUGGUUUCCUGUUGUUGCUUUAACCCAUCUGAGUAUCUAAUUCCGCUUUUCUGCAGCCAGCCGCCAAUUUUAUUUGUUCCCCCUUGUUUUCUAAAUGCCAGGAGCUGGCAGCUAACAGUCCUCCGUCAUGCAUCUGGCCCCAAUGCAAUCGCUCCCACGGCAGUGGGAUGGUGCAUGGAUCCCUGCCGUGCUCUUCCAGCCCCAAUGCAAUCGCUCCCACCGCAGUGAGAUGGUGCAUGGAUCCCUGCCGUGCUCUUCCAGCCCCAAUGCAAUCGCUCCCACCGCAGUGAGAUGGUGCAUGGAUCCCUGCCGUGCUCUUCCAGCCCCAGCGCAAUCGCUCCCACGGCAGUGGGAUGGUGCACGGGUCCCUGCCGUGCUCUUCCAGCCCCAAUGCAAUCGCUCCCACCGCAGUGGGAUGGUGCACAGGUCCCUGCCGUGCUCCUCCAGCCCCAGCGCAAUCGCUCCCAUCGCAGUGGGAUGGUGCACGGGUCCCUGCCGUGCUCUUCCAGCCCCAAUGCAAUCGCUCCCACCGCAGUGGGAUGGUGCACAGGUCCCUGCCGUGCUCUUCCAGCCCCAGUGCAAUCGCUCCCACCGCAGUGGGAUGGUGCACAGGUCCCUGCCGUGCUCUUCCAGCCCCAGUGCAAUCGCUCCCACCGCAGUGGGAUGGUGCACAGGUCCCUGCCGUGCUCUUCCAGCCCCAGCGCAAUCGCUCCCAUCGCAGUGGGAUGGUGCACGGGUCCCUGCCGUGCUCUUCCAGCCCCAAUGCAAUCGCUCCCACCGCAGUGAGAUGGUGCACAGGUCCCUGCCGUGCUCUUCCAGCCCCAAUGCAAUCGCUCCCACGGCAGUGGGAUGGUGCACAGGUCCCUGCCGUGCUCUUCCAGCCCCAGUGCAAUCGCUCCCAUCGCAGUGGGAUGGUGCACGGGUCCCUGCCGUGCUCUUCCAGCCCCAAUGCAAUCGCUCCCACCGCAGUGAGAUGGUGCACAGGUCCCUGCCGUGCUCUUCCAGCCCCAGCGCAAUCGCUCCCACGGCAGUGGGAUGGUGCACGGGUCCCUGCCGUGCUCUUCCAGCCCCAAUGCAAUUGCUCCCACCGCAGUGGGAUGGUGCACAGGUCCCUGCCGUGCUCUUCCAGCCCCAAUGCAAUUGCUCCCACGGCAGUGGGAUGGUGCACGGGUCCCUGCCGUGCUCUUCCAGCCCCAGUGCAAUCGCUCCCACCGCAGUGGGAUGGUGCACGGGUCCCUGCUGCGCUCCUCCAGCCCCAAUGCAAUUGCUCCCACGGCAGUGGGAUGGUGCACGGGUCCCUGCCGUGCUCUUCCAGCCCCAAUGCAAUCGCUCCCACCGCAGUGAGAUGGUGCACAGGUCCCUGCCGUGCUCUUCCAGCCCCAGUGCAAUCGCUCCCAUCGCAGUGGGAUGGUGCACAGGUCCCUGCCGUGCUCUUCCAGCCCCAGUGCAAUCGCUCCCACCGCAGUGGGAUGGUGCACGGGUCCCUGCUGCGCUCCUCCAGCCCCAAUGCAAUUGCUCCCACGGCAGUGGGAUGGUGCACGGGUCCCUGCCGUGCUCUUCCAGCCCCAAUGCAAUUGCUCCCAUGGCAGUGGGAUGGUGCACAGGUCCCUGCCGUGCUCUUCCAGCCCCAAUGCAAUUGCUCCCACCGCAGUGGGAUGGUGCACGGGUCCCUGCCGUGCUCUUCCAGCCCCAGCGCAAUUGCUCCCACGGCAGUGGGAUGGUGCACAGGUCCCUGCCGUGCUCCUCCAGCCCCAGUGCAAUCGCUCCCACGGCAGUGAGAUGGUGCAUGGGUCCUCGCUGCCCUCCUCCUGCCCCAGUGCAAUCGCUCCCACGGCAGUGAGAUGGUGCAUGGGUCCUCGCUGCCCUCCUCCUGCCCCAGUGCAAUCGCUCCCACCGCAGUGAGAUGGUGCAUGGGUCCCUGCCGUGCUCUUCCAGCCCCAAUGCAAUCGCUCCCACCACAGUGGGAUGGUGCAUGGGUCCUCGCUGCCCUCCUCCUGCCCCAGCGCAAUCACUCCCACUGCAAUUUUGGAGGAAAAGCCUGGCCCAGGUGUGGGGUUUCCAUGCACACCCAGAUUUCAUGCUCCCAUUAACCCCAGGGAUGUGGCUCUGGGGCUGUAACAGCUCAUCCGUAACUCUCCCACGCUGAGAAAAAAGCUCAGAGCUGGUUGCUCUCCCCUUUUAUUUUCCAGAUAAAAGCCAUUAAUCUGGGUGUCUCCCAGCGGCUCGGAUGCUGCCUGUGCCUUCGUCCCCAGCCCCUGCCCUGUUCUUUUUCCCGUUGGAAUAAACAUUAACCUGAGAA